GGAUCUGAACAGUAGUGCAACAGUCCUCUCUAAGUCCGGCGACAGAAUCAGCGGUGCGGUUAGGCUAUAUUCUCAGUUUUGUCUUCAAUUUCAAAUUGAUUAAGUAAAAACAUUCUCCUAAAUUAGCCUGACAAGAUUGAAAUGUUACAGUUUAGGUUUUCAACAGUGCUGAAGGAGUUGUCUCAAUCCAACCUUAAGCGUCCCUUGACAGGUAUUGCCAGAAAUAAAUCGUCAUCACAAAACCCUAACUGCUUCAGAACCGCCUGUCCCGAUGCCAGAGCUAUAUCUAAGUUAAAGACUUUCCAUGCUGGGGGGCACCGACCACCGUGCGUCUCACCUUGGAUAAGGACUUUUUGCACGAAGACUGAAGGAGCAAUAGAGGCGGCAGAACAGGUGAAAAAAGAUGAGGACGCCACAGCCAAGAGAAGGAAGGCAGGCAUUCUGCCUAGCCUGGAGGACCUGCUCUUCUACACCAUUGCUGAGGGCCAGGAGAAAAUCCCAGCCCACAAAUUCAUCACGGCACUGAAGGCCACCGGACUGCGGACGGGAGACCCCCGGCUCAAGGAAUGUAUGGACAUGCUGAAGGUCACGCUCCAGUCCUCCUCAGACGGCGUCACGCUCGACAGACACCUGUUCAAGAAAUGUGUCCAGAGCAACAUCGUGCUGCUCACGCAGGCCUUCCGCAAGAAGUUUGUCAUCCCCGAUUUCCAGUCCUUCACCUCCCACAUCGACGAGCUGUACGAGAGUGCCAAAGACUUGACCGGAGGGCAGGUUGCUGACUACAUUCCCCAGCUUGCCAAAUUCAGUCCUGACCUGUGGGCUGUGUCUUUAUGCACAGUGGAUGGACAAAGGCACACAGUGGGCGACACAAAGGUCCCGUUUUGUCUGCAGUCGUGUGUGAAGCCCCUGAAGUACGCCAUCGCCGUGCACGACCACGGCACAGAGUACGUGCACCGCUUCAUCGGCAAGGAGCCCAGCGGCCUGCGCUUCAACAAGCUCUUCCUGGAUGAGGAUGAUAAGCCCCAUAAUCCGAUGGUCAAUGCUGGUGCAAUAGUGUGCACAUCCCUGAUAAAGCAAGGAGCAGGCAACGCUGAGAAGUUUGAUUAUGUUAUGAACUUCCUGCAGCAGAUGGCAGGGAACGAGUAUGUGGGAUUCAGCAACGCCACAUUCCAGUCGGAACGUGAGUCAGGGGACAGGAAUUUUGCCAUCGGCUACUACCUGAAAGAGAAGAAGUGUUUCCCAGAGGGCACAGACAUGACCUCCAUUCUGGACUUCUACUUCCAGCUGUGCUCCAUUGAGGUGACCUGUGAGAGUGCCAGUGUCAUGGCGGCGACCCUGGCCAACGGUGGCUUCUGUCCAAUCACGGGCGAGCGUGUGCUGAGUCCCGAGGCGGUGCGGGACACUCUGAGCCUCAUGCACUCCUGCGGCAUGUACGACUUCUCUGGACAGUUCGCCUUCCACGUGGGCUUGCCAGCCAAGUCGGGGGUGGCAGGUGGUAUCUUGCUGGUGGUGCCCAACGUGAUGGGUGUCAUGUGCUGGUCUCCUCCUCUGGACAAGCUGGGCAACAGCGUGCGAGGCAUCCAAUUCUGCACUGAUCUGGUGUCCGUGUUCAACUUCCACAACUACGACAACCUGAGACACUUUGCCAAGAAGCUUGAUCCUCGUCGCGAGGGAGGGGACCAACGGCAGCAGCACAACUUCGGGCCCAUGGAUUACGAGAGCCUGCAGCAGGAGUUGGCUCUCAAAGACUCACUGUGGAAAAAGGUCUCGCCCACCGAGUCCAACCAGGACAGCUCCACCACUGUAGUCUAUAGGAUGGAGAGUGUCGGCGAACGCAACUAAAACACACACACACGCAAAACAAGACUAAAGCCAGAAGAAAAAGACAAAAGAAAUAUUAAAAAAAUCCAUAUAAAAAAAGGACCUGUUCACUGCUACACAUGUUCUAAUGCAGUGUCAAAAGAUACAUAUAAGUGAAUAUAUAUAUAUAUUUAUAUGGAAUAAAUUAUUCAGAUGAGUAUUUAUUUUCCACACAGCUCGAUGGAUUGUUGGAAAAAAAAUGCUGUAUUGUUUGUAUUCUUUCUUUGCACCUCUGCAGAUUCUGUCUGUCUUUCUUCCUGAUCUCUCUCUCUCUCUCUCUCUCUCUCUCUCUCUCUCACUCUCUCACUCUCACUCUCUAUCUUACUUUAUCUCUCUCUCUCUCUAUCCUCUGGUCUCUCUAAAACAGAUGGUAGCAGCCUCAGGCAGCCCUGUCUAACCUUGAAGGAGUUGUUAGAGGCUGUUACUAUCGCAGGUCUGCUUUGCCUCAGCUCUCCUGUCUGUGUACAUGUUUGUUUAAAAAAAAAACCAAAGCAAGGGAUUGUGUUUUUCCUGUCUUUUUCAUUUGUUUUCCAUUUUUCAAUGUUUAUUUGUUUUUGUUUCUUAAAACUGUGUUUGGGUGGCCAGAGAGUUUAAAAACUGUAAAGCAAAUCCAUCGAGUGUAUGUUUCUGGGGUCUUUUUUGGUUUGUGUAAUGUACACAGUAUGUAAGAAUGCUUUUUGUUUUUUUAUUUUUAUUUUGUUUCGUUUUUAUUUUCCUGGUAUAUUUUCAUAAGCUCCUACCAGUGAGUAUUUCAGUUACGAGUGUUAAGUUGGGAUUUGGCGGUCUGAGGUGCUGUUGAGUGGAGGGUCCUGUCUGCUUUUGAACCUUGUUCAGCCCAGGUCAGCACAACACAAACACACACACACACACGCUCUCUCUCUCUCUCUCUCUCUCUCUCUCUCUCUCACACACACAGACACACAGACACACACACACACACAUGCACACACACACAUACACACACACACACACACACACACACAUACAUGCGCACACACACACACACACACACACACACACACACACACACACACACACACACACACACACACACACUGUUAGCUUAGCCAAUCACAAAACAGAUCAUCUCUAGGCCAUACAUUUGUUUGUAGUGGGCAUUGAUCCGGAACAUCUCUGCCACCUGUUUAACAGAGAAACUAACUUAAGUCUGGUCAUUAAAUAUUGCCAUUGCUCGAGAGAAUCCCACUGCAAACAUAGCCUGAUAAAUGGCGACGUUACUGGCUCUUUCAAAAUCUUUAAAACAUUGUACAGUUAUUUAUGAGUCAGCUUUUAGGCUAUAGCAGUAGGAAUUAUGUUUUGACCUCCUCAACAGUAGCCUCAGAAUCCAGUGAGAUCCACUCUUCACAAACGUUCCGUUUUAUACCUUUGUCAUCCUCCUUCUCCUCCUCCUCCUCUUCCUCCUCUUUUCACAUCUCUUCAUAAUGUAAGCCCUGGAAUGUGAUCUGAGUUGGCUCUUUCUUUGCACAGACAAAAAAAAAACAAAGCCUUAGAUGUUAAAUGCUGCUCUUUGUCAGACGCUAUCUAUCCAUUGGAUGUACAUUCAUGUCAUAUCAUGCUGGAGCUUAGGACAGUUCAUGCAGGAAUGGUCUUUUUCAGUCAUUCAGCUAGUGAUGUUGGAUUGAGCGGGGAAGCCAUUGGCUCUGUUGUCAGACUGAAACAUUUGGAUUUUGGAUUUGGCAUCUUCUUUUAUUCCCUUUGGUGUGAUUUGAAGCAAAACGCUGUUACUUGUAACUUAUUUUUUAUCACAAUUAAAUGUGUACUAGAGACUGCCCAGAUAGGACAUCGUUUGCAAGCUCAUUUAGCUUUCAAAUAGGUUUUUAUCUGUUCUGGAGUCAUGAUCUAUAAUUUACAUAUAGAAUUACAGUUUUAAUUAUGGCUGACACUUGAAGUUAUUAUUUUGUUUGUUUGUUUCUGAAUAUGGUGUGAGCAUUCAAAAGCUUGAUAGUGGAUCUAGCAUUGCAAUGCAAACUUGUAAUUGUGGUCCGACCCACCUAAAAAUGACAGCCAGUGCUUUGAACCAUUGUGUGUUCUCUUUGUGGUGGAACUGGAAGCUUGAAUGCCGUUACCCUUUCAGUUGAAUGGACCUGACACUUGGGUCAAACUUUUUGUCACGUCAGAAACUAGGACAGUUACUGCUGCACAGUUGCUAAUAGGUCCAAAGGACAGGUAAAAAAAGUGUAGAAAGUCACAUCAGUUAUGAAAGUGAAGUUGAUAGCACAGAAUAGAUAGCAAGAAACCACAGCUUCUUGAGUGAUUGCUCUGAAUUUGUCCAGCCCUGCUUACCCUUCCCAAAAAAAUGUGACCGCUGCCCAAUUAGCCCAUUUCACAAAUUUUUGGAUUUGGCUUAGUUGAACUGAGGUUAAUAAUAAUAUUGGAAGGAUCCUUGCUAUGAACUGUGCUGAAGAGUGACUAUUAACUCUCUCUUCUAUGCAUCUCUGAACCUGACCUCGCCAAACUUGACAAAGACAUUUUGAGAAAGCGCUGCAUUUUUGCAUGUUGUGAAAUGGGCUAAUUCCGGUUGGCAGAAGAGAAGAGUGGUUUUUGACUGCAGCACUGCUACUGAUGUUUUCUCUAAUGGGUCUGAUGUAUUGGUCUCCACACAUCCUGAAAACUGUUUCAUGUUUUUCAUGUGUGUGUUUCUCUCACUUUUACUUUUUUCUGUCUCUCUGGUAUGCUCAUUUUUUGUAUCAAUUAAUAAAUGUAUUUUAAUCCCA